AUAGGGUCACGUGUUCAUUCGUCCUGCCGGAAUUGUAAAUAGACGUUUUGUGAAUUAUAUAGGAAGAAAUAAACAUUUUUUUACACCCAAGUAUAAAGUGAGAAAAAUCCCUUUAGUACGUUAUACUACAACGUCUGCAACUUCUAAUAGUUGAAUGUCGUAUCUCUGAGAUAAAGGUUUGCAUUUUCAAGAACCGAAUAAUCAAGAAUGAAAAGAAACAAAGGCAAAGGCUCCACCUCAGAGAAGGAAUUUGUGUUUCAGUUCACGGCAGGGCGACAGUCCUGUACCCUUACGGUUCCUUUGAAAUUCCCAGUGCAGGAAAACCUCAGCGAUCUUCACGGCAGGCUAAUGCUGUUGCACAGACUGCCUUGCUUCGUCGAAGAUGAUUUAAAGGAUGCUCUUUGCAAGUUUAUUGAGGAACAAACUAUUAAGGACUAUGACAGAGAGGCAGAAUUAGCCUUGGAAAGACUCAGGACUGGAGACUUGGACAUUGACCUACUUACCAGCGCUUGGGAGAAAGCUUAUACCGAGACUACACUGGAACACGUCCGACCAGAGGAGCCCAACUGGGAUGAAGAUUUUGCUGACGUUUAUCACGACCUGAUCCAUUCACCCGCCUCUGAGACUCUGCUGAACCUGGAGCACAACUACUUUGUCAGCAUUUCUGAGCUCAUAAGUGAAAGAGACAUGGAGCUGAAGAAAUUACAGGAAAGACAAUCAGUAGAAAUGGAUAAAGUGAUGCAAGAGCUGGGGAAAACGUUGAGUGACCAGGAUGUGAAUGCAGUUGCUGCUCAGCAUUUUGACGCCCAACAGGAUCUGGAAAACAAAUGGGCCAAUGAACUGAAACAUGUAACAACGAUCCAGAAGCAAGAGUACCAGGAGUGGGUGAUGAAACUGCACCAGGAUUUACAGAACCCCAACAACAGUACCAUCAGUGAAGAGAUUAAGGUCCAACCAAGCCAGCUGAGUGAAUCUCAGGAACCUAGUGAAAGAUUGUUUGAAGACCAGAGACAACUAGAGGAGAGUUUUACAAUUCACUUAGGGGCGCAGCUGAAGACGAUGCACAACCUGCGUCUGGUGCGAGCCCACGUGCUGGAUUUCUGCAAACACAAGCGGCACCACCGCAGCGGGGUGAAACUGCAGCGGCUGCAGACGGCGCUGUCCCUCUACUCCUCCUCGCUGUGCGGCCUGGUGCUGCUGGUGGACAACCGCAUCAACUCCUACAGCGGCAUCAAGAGAGAUUUUGCUACUGUGUCAAAGGAGUGCACCGACUUCCAUUUCCCUCGGCUGGAGGAGCAGUUGGAGGUGUUCCAGCAGGUGGUGCUGUAUGCCCGAGCACAGCGAAACAGCAAGCUGAGGGAGCAGCCUGAUCUCUCCAGAAAUGGAACCUGUGAAGAUAAGUCCAAAAAUCUUGAAAGAAAUCCUUCAAAUAUUCUUCCAGGUGAAUUUUACAUCUCCCGCCACUCUAACCUCUCUGAAGUACAUAUUGUUUUCCAUCUCUGCGUUGAUGACAACGUGAGGUCUGGGAAUAUCACAGCACGGGACCCUGCUAUAAUGGGCCUCAGAAACAUACUCAAAGUCUGCUGCACACAUGACAUCACGACGAUUACCAUUCCUCUGCUUCUUGUGCAUGACAUGUCUGAGGAGAUGACCAUACCUUGGUGCCUCAAACGUGCAGAGUUAGUAUUCAAAUGUGUGAAAGGCUUUAUGAUGGAGAUGGCAUCAUGGGAUGGAGGAAUCUCACGGACUGUGCAGUUUCUUGUUCCUCAGAGCAUCUCUGAGGAAAUGUUUUACCAGCUGAGCAACAUGCUGCCACAGAUCUUCAGAGUGUCCUCUACCUUGACGUUAACCUCUAAACGGUGAAACUGGGAAGAAUUCACAUUCUAAGGCAGGGUCCUGGUGUUUCAACAGAAGAAUCCAGAUUAUUUCCAGAUGCAAAGCCUGACAUAGUACUGCAUAGUGUUAUGAAGCUAUUAUAUCAGUAGUUUCUGUGAAGGUGAAGUAUUCCACAAAUCCCCCAGUGUGUCACAUCCAUCGUGGGUUUAUGUGUUCAGAGCAAGGUAGUUUAUACGUUCAACAGUAAUGUUUGUUUAUGCUGAGGUUUUUCACUUGCCUUUUAAUUAGAAAGUGCACUGGAUAAAUUCCAGUAUAAAGACUUUUUCCUCUGUAUCUGCACUUUAAUUUGAACAGUCAGGAGUCAAAGAUGAAACAAAACGGAUCUUUGUCUGAAGGUGUAGCUGUGGUGCUGCACAGAGAGGGUUUCUGGUAUUGUCACAGCUAUUAUCAAUUCUUCAGGUUACUUUAAUCCCAAAUUAUUGUCAUCCUUCCCCUCUCCACCAGGGGACAGUGUUACUACCAUAUACAGAAGAUGCUGGGUCAGUUAAAGUUCAGCAAACCUGUGACUUCUGUAAUUUUCCUUUUCUUUCAGGGCUGCACUUUUAAUUUUUAAGCUUAUCAUGCUUAAUGUGUAACAGAAUUUAAAACUAGUUUAUGUGGUAUAUGUGGCAAUUUAGGUUUUAUUCCUCAAAUUUAUAAAAAGUACAUGUAAGUCAUUGUAUCAAAUAUUAUGGUCCUAGAAAAAUAAAGAUUUUAUAAUUGAAA